AUGAAUUUCCUAGAAUGCCUUGCUUUCUUCUUAGUAAUAGCAGCAUUUGUCAUUGGAAUCUUAGCCAAUGUCUUCAUAGCUUUAGUGAACUGCAUUGACUGGACCAAGAGAAAAAAGAUCUCCUCCGCUGAUGGAAUUCUCACUGGUCUAGCUAUCUCCAGGACUGGCUUGCUUUGGGUAAUAGUAAUGGGGAGUUAUUUGACUCUGUUCAAUACAAGAAUAUCUAGGAAACAAGUAACACUUGCUCACCAUGUUGCCUGGGUGGUAAGUAACCAUCUUAGUAUUUGGCUUGCGACAAUACUAAGCAUAUUUUAUUUGCUCAAGAUAGCUAAUUUCUCCAGUCUUCUAUUUCUUCAACUGAAGAGGAGAGUUGAGAGUAUUAUUUUUGUGUUAUUGUUGGGGAUGUUGUUAUUUUUGUCACUUAAUUUUACAAUGGAAUAUGUGGGAAAUACGUUGGUGGAUAGAUAUGAUGAAGGAAACAUGACAUGGAAGAGCCAACUGAAGGACAUGAUACAGCUUUCCAGUCUGACUGUAUUUACUCUUGAAAACAGCGUCCCCUUCUUCACAUCGCUGGUCUGUGUUUUGCUGUUAAUCUAUUCCCUGUGCAAACAUCUCAGGAAGAUGAAGCUUUAUGGCAAAGGAGCUCAAGAUUCCAGCACCAAGGUCCAUGUGAAGGCCUUGCAAACUAUGGCCUCCUUUCUCUUGCUCUUUGCAGUGUACACCUUCUCUGUAACCACAUUAGGCUGGUAUUUUAAUAAGCCACCUAAUGAAUCAUUCUAUUUGCUUUGCAGGGCUGCUAGUAGCAUCUAUCCUUCAGGCCAUUCAUGUGUCCUUAUUUGGGCAAACAAGAAGCUGAAACAGGCCUUUCUGUCUGUGGUAUGUUGGGUGAGGUGCUGGCUGAAAGAAUGGAAACGAUUGAGUCCAUAG